CACAAAUCUAAAACCAAAACAAAAAAGAAAGAACAAUGGCUAAAGCUCUUAGCCUAGCAAUCUUUCUCUUCCUCUUGAUAGCUUCUAAUGUCCAAUCCGCUCGACUUCUCGAUGAGGUUCAAACUCAGCCACAAUUAGUCCCCGGCGGCCAAAUCCCCGCGGUACCGGAAGAGGAAGAUGAUAGUCCACAAGCCGUAACAACAACACAAGCUCCAAUACCAAUUCCUCUCCCAGGACCUGCCACGGGAGGACAAGAGCCAAUCCUAGAGUUCUUUAUGCAUGACGUGCUAGGCGGGUCACACCCGUCAGCACGUGUGGUUACAGGGAUAGUAGCACAAACAGAGGUGAACGGGAUACCGUUUUCUAAAUCCAGCAACAACAUUUUCCCAGUAGAUAACGCAGUGCCGCUUGUGAACGCAAACAGCAUCAACAACUUAAUCAACCCAAACACAGCUCCACUCCUCACGGGACUUAGUGGCUCUCAAGCCAACACCGUCAUUCAAAACAGUAACGGUAACUCCCAAGGAUCCCUUAGCUCCAACAACCUUCCCUUUGUAACCACGGGUCAGCUCCCUCCCAUAGCUGCCCUCCAACAGCUCAUGUUUGGCUCUAUCACAGUGGUUGACGAUGAGCUCACUGAAGGCCAUGAGUUAGGCUCUGCAAUCAUUGGCAGAGCCCAGGGGUUUUACUUGGCUAGCUCUUUGGACGGAACUAGCCAGACCCUUUCGUUGACAGUGUUGCUACACGAAGAGCAUGAUCACCAUGACACCCUUGAUGAUGCGAUCAGCUUCUUCGGGGUUCACCGAACCGCUUCUCAUGCCUCGCAUAUCGCUGUUGUGGGUGGGACUGGUAGAUUCGAGCAUGCUAAAGGGUAUGCUGUCGUGGAGACUCUACACAACCAGGAAGACCAACAUGUUACUGAUGGUCAUGAUACCAUUCUCCAUUUCAGUGUUUAUCUUACCUACUACAAAGCUUGAAGAGUAAUGGCAUUUGUUGUAAAAAAAAUCCUCUGUUUCAUUUGUAUGUUCUUGUUUACUAGCUUGAUGUGUGGCCUUUAUUGUGUUGUGCACGUUUACUGUAUAAAAAAAGGUUAAAUGA